UUAAAAAUAUAAAUAAGUCCAGCUGCGUAUAUGAAAUUAUAAAAAUACUUUAAAGAUGAUGUAUAGUAUUACUAUAAUAAAAAGGAUUUGAUUAAAUUGAAAAAAAAAAAAAAGCAUUAAAACUCCUUGAAUUUGUUUUGCGAUCAAGCAUAAAAAGAAAAAAAAAAAAAAAAAUUCUUUUGGCGCCGUUUCCACUUCCAUAUUUAAAACUCCUUCCUCUAUCACACGAAGAUUAAACAAAUAGCUUUCCAUCCAUGAAACCUGAAAAUCUUGUAUUCCAACCCAUCCCCACCCAAAAAUGCACCUUGGGUUGCCCCAUCCUAGACCGCUGUCUUAACGGCGGCAUUCCUUGCAAUUCAAUAACCGAAAUAGUUGCCGAGAGUGGCACUGGAAAGACCCAAUUAUGCCUCCAACUCUCCCUCUACGCCCAACUCCCACUCUCUUUAGGCGGCCUCUCUGCCUCCUCUCUUUACCUCCACACUGAAUUCCCUUUCCCAUUUCGCCGUUUACACCAACUCUCUCAUUCCUUUCAAUCUCAACACCCACAAAUCUUUAUCAAUAAUAAUAAUAAUGAUACCAUUAACAAUUAUGACAAUCCUUGUGACAAUAUAUUUGUACAUAGUGUACGUUCUGCUGAUUACUUGUUUGAUAUAAUGCCAAAGAUAGAAUCUUUUUUAGUAUAUUCGAAAACCCAUUUGCCUGUUAGGCUAAUUGUGAUUGAUUCGGUUGCAGCUCUUUUUCGGUCUGAGUUUGAGAAUACAGCAACUGAUUUAAAGAGGAGAUCGGCGAUGUUUUUCAAGAUUUCUGCCAAGUUAAGGGCUUUGGCAUGGAGGUUUAAUUUGGCUGUGGUGGUGAGUAAUCAGGUGGUGGAUUUUGUUGGGUCUGGUGAUGGACUAAAUGGUGCGAGGAUUGGGGAUUUGGGUAGUUUGUAUUCAUCUGGGAGGAGAGUUUGUCCGGCAUUAGGGUUAGCUUGGGCGAAUUGUGUGAAUUCCAGGCUUUUCUUGUCGAGGGAUGAGAAUGGCAUGGUAGAUGGAGCUGAAAGUGGUUCCUUUUGUUCGCAAACAAGGAGGAGGCUUCAUGUUGUUUUUGCGCCUCAUUUGCCUUAUUCAUCAUGUGAAUUUGUUAUCAGGAGAGAAGGGGUUUUUGGAAUUGAUAGUUAAUGUCGUGCUUUUCUACAAUAUGGCAUCACAUGAAGGAUUUCUAUCCGAGUUCCUACAAGAAACACCAUUACAUUACCUGGCACUGGAUCCACUUUGGUAAUUUCUGCCUGUUUCAGAAUUUGGAAACUGUUUCCUCAUCUUGCGCAGAAUGAUAAAAGUCGCAUGUAUUAUUCAUGUUGCUGAGGCUUUGUUUGAAUAGAUCACAAGUUGUGCUAGUGCUGUUAGGAUCUAUCAACUUUGCUGGUAGCGAGUUGUGACAGUCUUCCAUCUCAAUUGGUACUAUUUAUCUUGUGAAUUGACAGCUAAUACAUUUUGAAUUCUCGGUAAUCGCAAAAGCUAUCAUCUACAGACUGGUUACAGAGAAAUCCUGUUGUAGGGUUCUUGCUUGCUUCUGGAUGAGCAGCCUGCAGUUCAUGAUGUUCCUGGUGCUGCUACCCCUUUAUUCUGCAGUAAAUUGCAUUUCAACUGCUGGAUUUUAUACUAAUUUCAUAUAAAUGGUGCACAGGGUUUUAUUAACCAACAACUCCAAUUUGGGUAGCUUUAGUCUUCUUAUUGGAAUCUCAGAUAUGUAAAAAUCUUCUUUUUGCUGCAGAUAUGCAGGGUUUCCUGUCAUGUACUCUGUAUAAUAUUAAUCUUUUUAAUACUAUUUUAUCUGUCCCCAUAAGAGGGAAAAGAAGAAAAAGAGAGGAAUUACACAUAAACAAAUGCAUUUAUGAAGAUUUCAGCUGAUUUCAUUUUUACUUUCA